AUGGCUCCCCGGAUACGUACCGUACUGUCUUUGCCUCGCAGUCAGCAUGCUAAUCGAGAAUCAACACCGCAGUUGAACGAUCCCCUCCUUCUCAAGGAAGGCCUUUGCUAUGUCGGUGGUGAAUGUUUGAAGUCACUGGUAUGCAUCUGCUUCCGACAAAAAAUACCCGCAACUAGCCGUGUUGUCUGCAAAAGCCCUGAUUUCGACGCCGAGGAUACUGACUCCGCGAUCAACGCUGCGGCGAGAUCUUUCGAAACAAUUCGACUCGCUACCGGCCGCGAACGCUCGAAGCUGCUGCGAAAAUGA